GAGAAAGAGAGAGAGAGAAAGAGAGAGAGAGAUACACAGAUUGAAAAAAUAAACAAGCGUUGCCAAACUGAGAGAAGCCCAAAGUGAACGUAGAGUACGCUGGGAUUCCUUUGAACUUGUAAAGUGCGUGACAGACUGGUCAGACUACCUGGUUAGCUAUAACGGAUUCUGAAAUUGAAGGGAACUGUUGUGUGCCUACUGUCUCUUGUUACUUUUAAAUACGUGCAUUUAGAUCGUUUGCAAAGAGCUAAGACUGAGUUUCUGCUUGUUUCAGUGAGAGAGCUUUGGCUCGUUCCGUGGUUUUUGUGUUUUUGGAAAGCGCCUCUUCUGGACUACGCCGGGGGGUGCCGCGCGGUGCCGUCGCCAUGGCAACAGCGGCGCUGGAAGUGAUGGGCUUCUUCCUGGGGCUUUCGGGCAUGAUCGGCACGCUGGUGGCCACCGUGCUGCCUUACUGGGAGAUCUCCUCCCACAUCGGACCCAGCAUCGUCACAGCGGUGGACAACAUGAAGGGCCUUUGGAUGGAGUGCGUCUUCCAGAGCACGGGAGCUUUCCAGUGCGAGACCUACAACACCAUCCUGGGCCUGAAUCCGGACCUCCAGGCCGCCCGAGCCCUGAUGGUCAUCUCCGCCAUCUUCUCCGUCCUGGCGUGCGCCGUCUCGACCGUCGGGAUGCAGUGCACCGUGUGCCUGGACGGGUCGGCGGCAAAGGGCAGGGUGGCCGGGUUCGGAGGGGGUCUCUUCCUGACGGCGGGGCUUCUCUCCCUGAUCCCCGUCUCCUGGAGAACUCACGAAGUGGUCCAGACCUUCUAUCAGCCCUUCGUCCCCGACAGCAUGAAGUUCGAGAUCGGGGCCUGCCUUUACGUGGGAUUGGCGGCGUCGCUCAUGUCCAUGCUGGGCGGGGGGUUACUCUGCGUGUCCUGCUGCGACGAGCUGGAUGGCAUUAGGGGCAGGGGGGGGCGACACAGCGGAGGGUACCCUUACCACGAACGGAUGGGCAUGGCCAGCAUGUCUCGGGCGGGCGCCGUGCCUUACCGCGCCGGCACCGUGUCAGGCGCGGCCUACGCCAACGCCAACGCCAACACCAACGUGACUGCCAAGAACCAGACCCUUACCAGUCAAACCAGCACCAGUAACCAUUCCAGCAUACCUGCUCAGGGCUCCAGAAGGUCAGCUCACCCCAACACGGAUUACGAUGUGACGGGAUACGUCUGAGAAUCUCUGCCUGCCUCAGACUUCGUUUUAAGGGCAGAUGUAGUAGUGGGAGAUGGACUGAAAGGAGUUGAACUUGUGUUCUGUGUUCUGGGCCAUUUCCCAUGAUCCAAAAAAAAAAAAGAAAAAGAAAAAGAAAAAAGAAAAGGAAAAAGAAAGAAAGAGAAAAAAUCAAUGAGGCGUAUUUUAGCUACAGAGGAACUCGAAAUAAACAGCAAGGUGCAUCUGCACAGGAAACAAAUCGAUAACUCUCCAUACGGCCGUUCGACUGUGCAAACAUUAUGCAAAGCUAACGACUCACCGUGACCUGCCUUGUUCCGCAGAAACACUCACUCGAAAGACUUGGUCAUCUUUAGAACAACAUGACUUACACACACA